AUGAGACAUACGGGUCACCAUUUCUGUUAUAUCACCUUGGCGAUCUUGGUCGUAUCAGCCGCUGGAAGAUCAACGGACUCGAUCGCGAAGACAAACUCGAUUGACGAGCAGACGGGACGCUCCUCGGCGGCAAACGGUCUGCUGGGCGAGCUGAGGUAUGUUUAUCAGGUGUACAAAGAAUGCUCGGGAGAGGAGAUGAGCUCUUGUCUGAAACUCAAGCUGGUGACCGCGAUGGACCGCGUGUCGCGUAGCGCCCAGCUUAAUAUCGCUGAAGGAGUUACGGUUGUGCGAGACGAAAAUUCGAGAGAGAAAAUUGAGGAAGCUCCCAAGACACCUCAGGAAAUUGAGGCCUCUUUACCCAGGGCGCUAGAGGACAAAGAAGAUGCGCUUAACACUAUGAUUUUUGACAAGUUUGUUCGGUUCUUCCAGAGUCAUACUCUUAAAUUGAAGCUCCCUAAUGUUGAGGAAUUGUCGAGGAGUCUUACUGAAGAAGGUCGAGGCAAAAAGAAGAAAAACAUGGGGGGACUUUUGGCAAUCCCCUUGUUAAUCGGAGGAACCCUGGUCCCUCUGGCCCUGGGAGCGCUGGCAUUAUUAGCGGGCAAGGCCUUGAUCGUCAGUAAACUUGCCCUAGUGCUCGCAUCAAUAAUCGGGCUGAAGAAACUGGUUUCCGGGCACGAGCACGGGCACGAGGUGGUCCAAGUCGGCCACGGAGGGAGCGGAUGGGCGCGAUCUUCUGCUCAGGAACUCGCGUACUCCGCUUACAAACCCGGUCCCUCUUCAACAUCAUCCUCCUCAUAA